AUGACUCGAAAUAUACCUACUGACGAUAUGGCCACCAUUCGACGAUCCCUCGCCGAUGCAGGGAUCUACUUUGAUAAACUCUAUAUCAAUCAAGCAUAUUUCAACAGCAAUUUUACUAUUCAAACUACAAGGAAUAAAACAGAAAAGUCCAAAACUGGAUUCUGGAAUAAACUAUUGUGCGGCACCGAUGCGAAACGAUCAUCAACAGGAACGCAAACAAUCCUAACAGUGCGUGAUGACAGUGAAUUGGUACCACCUCCAGUAGUACGACGUCAAAAAGUUUCACCUACAGAUAAUCUUUACGAUCGUCGUCGUUGUCGUCCAGUGAAUCGCGAACAUUCGCAUAGCAAUUACCAGCAGAGCGUUCGUCGGCGUCGAACUUCUCUGACUACUCGUUCAACGCAAGUGCAGCGUCCGAAGCCGACCAAUGAUGCUAGCGACGACGAAAAUAAUGAAUUUUCAGUGUGA